ACGUACAACACAUGUAACCCACAGUUACGUAGCUCGGCUGUGCUGCACGUUGACAUUGAGAGAGUAACCUGACAGAGAAACACUUCUCAGCUGACUCUAACAGACAGGGCAGGAUGGGAGCCUCCAUGUCCACACCUGCAACUCCUACAGUCAGAGCAGAGGCGAUGAUGGCCGCCCCUCCUCAGGGCUGCCCCAUGCACCAAGAAGCCCAGCCUGUCAAAGUGUCUCCACCUUCAGAGUGUCCCAUGCAUCAAGCGCAGCCAGUCAAAGUGUCUCCUCCAUCAGAGUGUCCGAUGCAUAAAGCAGAAGCAGGCCCAGCCCACCAAGACCGGGCCUAUGAGUUUGUUGAGUGCCCCAUGAAAGCUGCAGCAGGCGUGAAUAAUGACAUCGAUCCUGCAAAUAUGAUGCCUCCUCCUAACCAAGUGCCAGCUCCAGACCAGCCCUUUGCCCUGUCCGUUACCAGAGAGGAGUCCACGAUUCCUCGCCAUGGCACAGAAAAGCACUGGGUUUACCCAUCUGAGCAGAUGUUCUGGAACGCCAUGCUGCGGAAGGGGUGGCGCUGGCGUGAUGAUGACCUUGCUGCUCCAGAUAUGACCAACAUCAUUAAAAUCCAUAACAAGAACAAUGAGCAGGCCUGGCAGGAGAUACUGAAAUGGGAGGCCCUGCAUGCAGAUGAAUGUCCAUGUGGUCCAACCUUGAAGAGGUUUGGUGGUAAAGCCAAAGAGUACUCACCGAGGGCUCGCAUCCGCCACUGGAUGGGCUACGAGCUGCCUUUUGACCGCCAUGACUGGAUCAUCGACCGCUGUGGGAAGGAGGUGCGCUACGUCAUUGACUACUACGAUGGUGAAAUCAACAAGGACACCUACCAGUUCUCCAUCCUGGAUGUACGCCCCGCCUUCGACUCUUUAGAUGCUGUGUGGGAUCGCAUGAAGGUGGCCUGGUGGCGCUGGACCUCCUAAAGGAGUCAUGCACACGCCCAUAGGUCACUGUGUGAACUUCAAACACAUGCAGGAAGUGUGAAACCGGCGUUCCUCAUUUCAGCUCUUUGCCAGAUGUGUGGUGCUGUGUGAAGAAACUAUAAACAGACUCAUGAAGAAAAACAAUGUUUUAGCCGAACCUCUCUGUUAGGCUGAAACAAGUUUCAUCUGCUAAUCAUAAUGAUUUCAGUGGGAAAUGUAAUUAGUUUUGGUUUUAAAUUGCAGUUCACAGGUCUUUUGAACAGCACGUGCUUCUGAGCUAGUGGAGGUUUGUCUAACAGGUCACCUCUUACUCAAACUGCCUCUGGAAAUCUGUUCAACUGCCUUUAAUCUGCUUUCACUGCAAUUACAACAAUAGGAACAGCUUACUCACCUAAAGGGACAUUCUACCAAUUUUACACAUAAAGUUCAGUUAACUUGUCACUUGAGCACUGCUCCAAAACAGCCUUCCAAAACAGUUGUAUAAUGUCUUCUGUGGCUCUGAAGGAGAUUUGUCAAGUCUGAGAAAAUAACCCCUAAUGAUGUCAUAGUGAUGCAGUCAGGGUUAUCUCAGCUUGGGCUUGGGGAUGACAAGUGUUUGAAAAUGUGGGGAUUUACCAGGCAGUGAGGGUGUAGUAAAGGAUGCUGUCGAGUUGUAUUAUGGGAAAGGUAGGAUCCAAUGUUUUUAGAGCUUGAUCCAUACUAGUGAUGACAGUAAAGCAUUUGAUUAAAAUAGUUGUUCUUCUGGAAUUAAUAUAUGAUUACAGAGAGGCUUUAAGUAUUUCAUUGUUGGUGAUAUCAGACAAAUGUAUACAUUUUUUUUAGAUUAAUUUUGGCUUUUUUCCUUUAUUUGACAGUGACAGUAAAUGCAGGGGAGAGGUCCCAGCCAGAAUGAAAUCAGAGAUGAUGUUAUACAUUAUAACUAGGUCACUGGAUACCCCCGUUAAAACAUUACUACUACUAGUACUCUUCUGAUUUAGCAUUUCACUCCUAUAUGAGACUCAUGAUGAACGGUUUUUAAAAAAAGGAUUCAAAUCAAUGCAUCAGAAUCAGAGAUAUCAAGUGACAUCUUUCGAGGCAGUUUCUCAGAUUUCACACAGGUCCCUCUGGAGCCACAAAAGGCUUAAUGCUACUUUUUUCACAUAACGCCUGGAAACACGCUGAUGUGGAAAAUUGCAGGAGUUCCCUUUUAAGUGACAACUUUAUCUGCAAUAUUUUCUGUUUGAUAUAAAUGCUGUAUACAUUAACUUUGGCAAAGCCCAUCUUUUAUCAUUAUGACUCCAGCAGCAGUUUGAGUUAAGUACAGUAAGUUUGGUUCUCUUCACCGCAGUGACAUGGCCUGCUGACUGCUUCAUUUUUCACUUUCAUGAGUCUGUCUUCUCUCUGCUUUUGUACAGUGUAUCUGCUAUGACUGUAUAGAUGUAAGUACCACUACAGUUCCAUCCUGUCAGUCAUUCUUGGAAACAAAGUGGUUACUGUCUGUUUUGCCAGCAUCAUCAUCAUUGGUGAGAUGGAUUUGACAAAUGAAGAGGGCCACUGUAGUGGGUUAGUGAGGUGUUAGUCUAGUCUGUUGGAUAGACCUACAGGAUAUAUAAUUAUAUUUUUUUAAAAGGACCAGGAUGGAUAUCAGUCUUGCUGUUGAGCCCUAUAACUCCCUUUUCCUCUUCCCUUCUUGUUGUGGUUAGUUUGCCCUGAUGUGUCUUCAGUUUGACAUCAGGUGCAGAUGACAGUUGAUUGUUGGCAAGUAAAAUUGAAAGUCACAUGACAAGUUCAUAUACUGUAUUACCAUGUUCUUGCAGCAUACUUCAUAUUCUUUAUACCACAUUUCAUGGAAAAGGAUAAAAGUUCUCAACUAACUCAGUUUAACUAAAAAAAAAUCAGAUAAUCACAUUUGCUUGGGUAUAAAUCACCAUUUGGUCUUGCAUUGUUUAUGAUAUUCACUGUGUAACAUUUAGGCUACCAAUUCUGGUAUAUACAUAUUUUUUGCGCUGAUAUUCAGGCUUUUAUUUAUUGUUUUAAUGACUGUAGAUUUCUGGGAAGAAAAUCUUGAUGUUUCUGUUCCUAGACAAAGUGUUAUCUAAAAAUGAUUUUACUAGCUCUGGUGGUCUGCUAAACUGUUAAUAAAGCUGGUCCUUCCACCUCUGAAUAAUA